AUGGAGUUCCGCCCGGCGUUGAGGCGAAAAUUGUUGUUGGCCGUUGUUUAUAUCGGGCUAUUUUUGGACUAUGCAUUGUUGACGUCAGUUGAGCCGAUUUUACCCGCAUUCUUCUUGGAGCAAGAUUCAAAGUCUAGUGGGAUCCCGGUGGCAAACACCCCAAACCCAGCUCUCCUGGCCGACGAAAAUAGCCGUCUGGGUAUUUUGGUAGGCAUGAAAUGUCUGGUCCAGGUGUUUACCCAGCCUUUUAUUGGCCCGUUGACAACAAGAAUCGGGUUCUCGGUGCCGCUUUUUAUCGGAUUCAUCAUCAUGAUCGUUUCCACAAUCUUAUUUGCGUUCGGGCAAAGCUAUGGGGUGCUUUUUGCGGCCCGGGCAAUUCAAGGGAUCGGGUCUGCAAGUGUGGCAACGGCUGGAAUGGGAAUGCUGGCCCAACAAUAUUCCGACGAUAAGGAGAGAGCACAUUACAUGGGGAUAGCCAUGGGCGGGAUGGCGUUGGGCCUCCUCGUUGGCCCACCCUACGGAGGUGUAAUGUAUGAUCUUUUGGAGGCAAAGAAGUUUGUUUCUUGCUUUUGGCCGGCGUUGCAAUUCUUGGUGCCGAACGUCGGUGACAGUACGUCGAUGCGGCGGCUGCUGAUGGACCCGAGAGUUCUCAUUGCUGCCGGGUCAAUCGUCGUUGCAAACCUCGGCUUAGGCGUGCUGAUUCCGGGGUUAAUGCUAUGGAUGGUGGAGAAAUGGAAUACCUCUGCGACUGGAUUGGGCUUCAUCUUCGUGCCUGGUUGUAUCGCGUACUUGGCGGGGACCACAUUUUUGCCAACGUUGACUAUUAAAAUUGGAAGAUGGCUCUGCGUUCUCAUCGUCCUCCCGAUCAUUGCCGUUUGCCUAGCCUUGAUGUCAGUGGCGCCGUCGAUUUAUGUAGUCGUUAUCCCAAUCACAAUUAUUGGCAUCGGCAUCGGUUUUGUCGAUUCCGCAAUGAUCCCACUACUUGGACAGCUUGCCUAUCAAAAGCAUAAGGAGGAAGAAGAAACCCUCUGCGAGACCUCGCCGCUGAUCCCCGGAGAUUUAUUAGACCUGGAUAGCCCUAGUGAAACAUCGUUGGAGACUGGUAACUACGCCGCAAACGCCUAUGCGAUCAGUGACGCCGGGCUGAGCAUUGCCUAUUUUGUUGCUCCAAUAUCUUCCGGUCCUCUCGUCCACGCCAUCGGAUUUCCUUGGAUGACGUGGAGCUUCGCCAUCUUCAUCUGCCUCUUUGCCCCCCUUGCUCUCGUUCUCCGGAAGCCGAUCACCAGGGAGCGGACAAGACACGAUUCCGCAUUGCCGAAUCGACGA